AAUUAGCCGCUGACAUCGCUGAACGGUGCACCAGUCUCCUGGGAGAAACGAAAAAUGGUAAGGUAAAGGGCAUUUUUAAUCCUUUCAUAUGUUUGCUCAUAGCGUGAGUGUAUCAGUUUGCAUAUUGGACAAUCAGGAGUACAAAUCGGCAAUGCAUGCUGGGAAUUGUAUUGCCUGGAACAUGGACUUAAGCCAGAUGGACAUUUGCCCAACGAGUAUAACACGUUGGGUGUGCACGACGAAUCGUUUCAAACAUUUUUCGCUGAAUCCAGAACGGGAAAAUUUGUUCCACGUUCCGUGUACAUAGAUUUAGAGCCAACAGUGGUUGACGAAGUGAGAUGUGGAGCAUAUCGUGGUCUGUUCCAUCCGUCAACCCUUAUCACCGGCCGGGAGGACGCGGCUAAUAAUUAUGCACGCGGUCACUACAACCUGGGGGUGGAGCUCAUUGAUACGGUGCUAGAUCGAAUUCGAAAAUUGGCUAACGCGUGCGAAGGGUUGAGAGCGCUCCUCAUCUUUCACUCUUUUGGAGGUGGAACCGGGUCCGGAUUUACUUCCUUGUUAAUGGAGCGCGUGUGUGUGGAUUAUGGAAAGAUUUCCAAACUAGAAUUUGCUAUACAUCCAUCACCAAACAUUUCUACCGCUGUGGUAGAGCCGUACAACGCAAUCCUGAACACGCACACAACACUGGAACUCUCCGACUGUGUGUUCAUGAUGGACAACGAGGCAAUUUACGAUGUCCUCAGGAGGAGAAUGGAUGUCUUUCGGCCCAGUUAUACCAAUGUAAAUCGUCUAUUGGUUCAAGUCAUCAGUUCUAUCACCGCCGCGUUACGAUUUGACGGCCCAAUGAAUGUGGAUAUCAUGGAGUUUCAAACCAAUCUGGUACCCUAUCCCCGAAUUCAUUAUCCUCUUGCUGUAUACGCACCUACAGUCUCCGCAGAGACUGCCUAUCAUGAACCUAUGAAUGUGUCCGAUAUCACAGAUGCGUGCUUCGAUCCAUCCAACCAAUUCAUUCAGUGUGAUCCCCGACGUGGAAAGUACAUGUCCUGUUGCUUACUCUAUCGAGGCGAUAUAACUCCUAAAGAUAUCAACCUGGCCGUUGCAAACAUCAAGGCUCGACAUACAGUCCAGUUUGUGGAUUGGUGUCCAACAGGAUUUAAAGUUGGCAUCAAUUAUCAGAAGCCAACAGUGGUCCCAGGUGGGGAUUUGGCCAAAGUUGCACGUGCAGUGUGUAUGCUAGGUAAUACCACCGCUAUAGCGGAUUGCUGGAGCCGAUUGAACUACAAAUUUGACCUAAUGUUCGCCAAGCGAGCUUUUGUACAUUGGUUUGUGAGCGAAGGAAUGGAAGAAGGAGAAUUCUCAGAUGCACGGGAAAAUCUAGCCGCCCUGGAACAAGAUUACGAAGAGGUUGGCUUUGACACUUACAUUGCGGAAAAGGAGAGUACUGAGCCGUAGUGAUAAUUGUCGAUCCGUUUGUCCAGCAUCAUUGUACAGAACCAACGUGAGUCUCAUGCUGGCACGUGUGAUAUAUAGAAAACAUUCGCAACCCGGAGACUACUGAACAGUUGGUGCACAAAUCUUUCAUGUGAGCCUCAGUUAACUCACAUUCGUACACACCCCACACACACGAUGGGCAGGGUGUGGCCUGCGUGGGUGGGUGCGACUACGACUUCCCUGAAAAGGCAAGUAAACUGCCAAAGUGUAAACUUUUCGGGACCACCACUGCUACGCUCGUGAGCGUAAAUGAAGCGGUUCGCGUGUGAACCGCCACUAACUGUCCUUGCUUCUACGACUGAUCGUAAUUGGAACAGCUGAAAUGCUGUUUUGCAUCGCCGUGUUACGGAGACUGUUGUUCGCCGUAAUCAAACCAGCUGAAUGGUUGUACACUCCUAUUACACAUUUUGCGGUGUAAUAGAUGCACAUCGAUUGCUGUC